AUGAAGACACCGAACGGCAUAGAAUAUGGCUACACAGUUGUCGGCAAAGGCACCACUUCGGGGUUGUGGAAAGAAGUUUCCCGCGAAGCGCAGGUUUAUCGAGUGCUGCGCAAGGCCCAAGGAUCUACUGUGCCUAUAUUCUUGGGUACGAUUGGACUGGCAAAAAUCUAUUAUCUUCAUGGCGCUGGAGAAAUCCGCCACAUGAUCGAAAUGGGCUGGGGAGGCUAUGGUACAGCGACGAUAAAGCUGAAGCAAUGCUUCGCCGCGAGACUCACAGAUCAAACAAGGAAAUAA